AGGCGACGAAGAAGACGACGACGGCACCUUUCGGUCCUCUAUCCUCGCCAUCUUUGCGCUCUUCUUUGGGGUGGGGGGCUUCGCGAGACGAGGUGGGAUCGAGACCAAACCCGCAAGCAUUAUAGUUAUCUGCGUCCUGCGUCGAUCUUUGAACCGGGCCGCGCUUUCGUUUGGCUCGUUGAUAUGAAAAAGGAAACUCUAGGGUCUACUACUGUCGGAGCUGUUAAUGGUCGAACGACCCGUGCUCGAGUGGCGGCGCUACAUGCAUCUGAGGAAAUAAUUGCUUCAGAAUCAUCUGGGCAGUCUAAACAGCACGGUCAGGAUCGUGCUUCGCAAGAAAAGCCAAAGAGAGCAAUUUCGGAUGGGAAUGGCAGUGCUGCUAAAAAUGCAUUUGCAAAGCGAUAUAAGAAGACAGCCCUUCAAGACGUAACAAAUGUUUGCUGCAGCAGCUUACAUAAAGACUGCUUCAAUGUGACGAAAAUACUGGCUAAAAAUGGGAAAAAGGCGGGAAGAGCUCCACUCAAGGUUUCCAGAGUGUUUAAAUCAGUUUCAGUGGAAGUCUCGAAGCCUCAGUCAGAUUUAAGCGCAAAGACUACAGCUGAAAUGGUGGCCAAGGAACCGAGUUCAGAAGCAGUUCUGCAGACAAUCAAGCAGGAAGAAGAUGCAUCUUCACGGUUAUGCAGCACCGGAUGCACCAUAAUCAAUUCUCAGCUUGCAAAAGAUUGUUCCGGAACGUCUUCACAAAAUCAAGCAGAGAAAGGAAGCCUCCAUGAGAUUUCAACGAUUUCAGAGAAACCACAAGUUACCGAUAUUGAUUCUGAUAAAAAGGAUCCCCUAUUAUGCAGCCUUUAUGCCCCAGACAUCUACAGCAAUCUACGUGUUACAGAGCUUCUCAGGAGACCUUGUUGUAAUUUUAUGGACACUGUCCAGAAAGAUAUUACUCAGAGCAUGAGGGGGAUCUUGAUUGACUGGCUUGUGGAGGUUUGCGAGGAAUAUAAGUUGUACCCAGAUACACUAUAUCUCUCAGUGUAUCUGAUUGACUGGUUUCUGUCUCAAAAUUACAUUGAAAGACGGAGACUUCAGCUACUUGGCAUCACUUGCAUGCUAAUCGCUUCGAAGUAUGAAGAAAUUUGUGCUCCACGAGUUGAAGAUUUUUGCUUUAUCACUGACAAUACUUACACCAGAGAAGAGGUGCUGAAAAUGGAGGGCCAACUACUUAAUUUUUUUGGCUUCCGGAUUUUCGCGCCCACAACGAAAACUUUCCUUGGGAGAUUUAUUCGAGCAGCACAAGCAUUGUAUACGAGCCCUAGUCUUGAAUUGGAGUGCUUGGCCGACUACCUUGCAGAGCUGACAUUGGUCGAGUACGACUUCCUGAGUUUUCUCCCUUCUCUAGUUGCUGCAUCAGCUGUAUUUCUUGCUAGAUGGACGCUGGAUGACUCACGCCACCCUUGGAAUCCGACGUUGGAAUUCUAUACAUCUUAUAAGGCCUCUGACCUAAAGACUACGGUUUCUGCAUUACAAGAUCUGCAGUUGAAUGCAAAAGAAUGUCCACUAAGUUCUAUACGUAUCAAGUAUCGGCAGCAGAAGUUCAAAUCUGUGGCGCUUCUGACUUCUGCCAAAAUCCACGAAGCACUCUUCUGAAGAUGACAGUGCGGCUGACAAUGCCUAAUCCUUGCUAAUCGCUGACGGCAGCAUUUCCCUGCAUGUAUGAAGAUACGUGAGAUUCUGACUAAUCCCAGAUUCGGCGCUUUCACCAACUUGUUUCAUACAGAUUUCUGGUAUUUCCACUUCUGUUCAUACUACGUAGCGGUUACUCUUCUGGUGUACUUGUCGAUACUUUAAUUCUUUUCAGGAUGUAUAUCUGCGGGUCCUGCGAUUUCGGGAUUCAUCACCCAGUUUCACAUAAUUGCUGAUUUUUUUUUCGACUUUAGUUAAUUACUGUUGACCGUGAAAUGACCACCACGAGCUCAGUGGUUGCUACUGUAAACUAGCUGGAGAGGAUGUAUUUAGCUCAAUGUGAUCUUGAAACAAAAGUUUCAACUCUAUUGUACUCCUUUUGUAUCUAUUUGCUCAUUCAAUUCCUUUUCUGUUA